CGACGUCGAUGUUGCUGUCGUGCUGUUGCCGCUGCAGAUGUUGCAGAUGUAGCUGCCGUCGUCAGUCACUCGAAACGAAUUUGGAAUUCAGUUUUUGACUCGACGUCGCAGUAAACGGACGUGUGUCUCGCGUGUUGCCACAAGAAUCGAAAAGAAAACUCUGAACGGAAUACGAGACUUUUUUCAAGAUAUGUGAAUCAGUGGAUUACUCAAAACGAAAAUAAAUACCAGCGAAUAUAAUAAUCACAAAUUACUAGCAAACGAUAAGCGCGCCGUGCAAACAAAUAAUAGUAAAUAUAAUACCACAAAUAUUCUGUGUUGAGUGAUACUCGAAAAGUUGUCAAAAAUCAAAGCGAAAUUCGCAAGGCAAUACAUUGGAUUAAUAAUUGGCUUGAAUCCGAUUUGAUUAGCUAGCAAAAGACAAGCAGAAACAGUUUAUCAAACCACUUGACAAAUAUCCGUUGGACUAUAAAAGCAGAAAAGCGGCUACAAGGCCGCCAAUGAAGGCUGUCCAGAUGACAGCGAUCGGGCAGCGAAUUUGACACGCACCCAAAAACUGCAAAGCGACCCGCAACCGAACCGGGAAUCCAAGCCCCCUAUAUAGAUAAUCCCCGCAACCCCGAAGAUCGAGGAGGUAUACCACCCAUAUACCACACCCCGUCCAGCCGAGAUCACACGUACUCAAUGUGGAAAAUGCUGGAUAUGAUGGAACUGUCCGAAGCAGAGCUCUUCAUGUUCGACUGCGACGAUUGCUCGGGCACGCCCCUUGCCCCACCGCCCCAGUUCCUCAUCCCACCGCCCCCAAGGCCGCCGGCGCUGGCCGAAUUCACGGUGGUGCCACAGGAUUGCAACGAGGAGCAGUUGGCCCAGCAGCAAUGGGAUAGCGAUGUCUGCCAGGCAAUGCCGAUCUUGGAUGCCAGCCUGUACAGCAGUCAGUCGUUGGCCACAUCGGCCAUGAUAGCCGUCUUCUCGCUGCUCUUGGUCUUGGUUGUUCUCAUCUCGUCGCUGAUCGUUUGGAAAAACAAGCGGAAGGUGCAGAAUCUGCUGCCCUGCAAGACACCCAACCGAGGCCCCCUCAACGGAGCCAUGCCCCUGGGCGGCGGCACUUUGGGAUCGGCGCACCACCAUCAUCAUCACGGGAUGUACGAGGAUCCCGAUGCGCACUUGGGCCACCAUAGACCCCUGGUGAUGCAUCGGCAUCACCAUCACCAGCAGCUGGCGCACCAUCAUCACUAUCAGCAGCACCACUCCGAGCUGCUCCAAGGCAAGAGUAUUCACUAUCCCAGCGGCUAUCCCAUGACGCGUUCGCCACCGUUUUUGGUCAGCUCCUCACCUGGACCCGAUCCCUAUCGCUCCAAUGACAAUGUCUACGAGGAGCUGGGACCGGGACGCGUUGAUUCCGAUGGUGAAUCGGAGCCGCCACUGCACUCCGACGAUGAUUUCGCCGAGGACGAACUAUCCCUGCCUGGCGAAUGCAGUUUCCAGAAGGAAACCAACCUGCCAGCGACGGCCGGUGCCACGCCCUAUCACGAGAGGGCGCUCGAGAGGGCGGCGGGCAGCAGCAGCAGUGGCACAGGCGCAGCAGGAGGAGCGGCAGCAACUGGAGCAGCGGCUGUAUCCGCGAAUCUGCCACAGGCUGUCCAAGAGCGUCACAGUGUCCUGAGCAGUGGUUCCUCGACGGGUCAGGACACCUCCACCGCGACAGCAUCCUCUGCUACCAAUAACAAUCACGAGUUGGCAUCGGGAUCGAGCAACCGCCGUGCAGCCCGCACGCGACAAAGUCGCAGCACUCAGGAUCAGGAUCUGAACAACAGCACCUCCACGGCGGAUAUUGCUGACCUGGCGCCUCUGUACGACAACCGCAGCAAUCUGAUGUCCCUGGGCUACGUGGCUCGCUCCACAGCACCGCAGUUCUAUAACACUUUGGAGCACGAAGUGGAGCGCAGGAAUCGGAUUAAUUCGCAACUCAGCAAAGCCCCAGUGCCCCCGCUGUCCACGAUUUACAGGGAACGCAUCCGCUACCCGCAGGCCAGCCAGCAGUAUCCUUCGAGUGUGGCCAGUGGCCUGAUGGCCGCCACGAUGAGGGCGAGAACUCAGCCGAGGGUAUUGGAUCGUCGACUGGCACCACAUCAGCAUCAGCACCACCGCAUCCACGCUGCACCAAUGGCCCAGGAGCCAUCCUACUGCUACGCGGAGCCCAUGUACAAUGCCAACUAUUACUACGAAAGUGCUGGUGGCGCCCGACCCUACGCCUCCACCUUGCUACCCACUGCCGCGGACUACAGGCAUCCCUAUGGGGACUCCAGCUUUGGAUCCGAUUCGGGAUACAGUCACCAUACGCCUGCCAGCUCGAUUGGGCGACAGGACUAUGACGUAGCCGAGCCCCAAGUGCUAGCCCAACCGAAACCGAGCAAACUUAGUUCAGCCCUCAACUUCAGUUGGAAUCUCAACUCCAGGGGCAAGGGCACCAGUGGAGGAGCUAUCGCCAAGACCUCGGGGAACAGCAGCAAUAGUAGUGCCACCAGCCCAAACAACAACGGCAGCGCCUGCUCCACCGUCACUUCCCAAUUGGAAAACAACAAUACUGCCAGUCUCUCACCAGCGUAGAUAAAGUAAAAUAAAGUAUAUAAAGUAUACAAUAUCCUUGUAAAUAGGGGUUUUGAAGCCAAGCCCUUGUACAGUUAGUCAUAUCUCUCGAGCUAAGCAUACUAAAUAUCAAAACUGUCCUGCGUGUACAUCGUCAAAGCAAUAGUUGUUUAACUUAUACAUACUAAACUCGAAGCAGAGAGCCCAAAGUUUCUUGAUAGGAUUAUCGCAGAUGGUUGCCAUACCACCAAGUUGUCGCUCUGUUUCAAAAGCAAGAACUUGUCGCAAAGCAAAGAACUUAUAGGUCCUAAGUGUUUUUCCAAUGUGAUUGCCAAAUUCUACAUUAUAAUACUAAACUAAAUUGAAACCUGCAAAACAAAUUUAUAAUCUAGUUAUAUAAUAGAUAUGUCCAUAAUGUUAAUUUUAAGUUCAACUUUAACUUUAGUUUUGUUUGUUAUUUUAGUUUUUAAGUGAAGUACAUAAAGAGAAGAGCUCCUACGAAAAAUAGUUGCACUGAAGGUCAACAAAAAUAUACCAAAAUAUUAAAAAAACAAAAUAGAAUCAA